UCAAAGUGGAAAUAAUAUAGGAAAAACGAAGGACGACUGUUAAGGAGGGAAAAGAUGAACACGGAUUACAAAUUAUUAAAGACGUGUUGAAAAACUAAUCUUGUAAGAGGCGGCAGAGCAGCAAGGGCAGGGGAGGGCUGCAGCUCGUACAAGCGAAAAUUGGGAGGGGGGGCGGCUAAGCCCUCUACUCUUUAGUAUUAGCGAACGUCAAAUAAGAACUAAUUGAACGGUUUUGUUUGGUUGCAAACUCUUGUAAUCUUUUAGAAGUGUUCAUUCGCCAAAAGUAGCAGAAUUUCAUGUAACUGCAGCUAGUUUCUGUUCUUAUAAAUAUAUUUCUUUACAUCACCAGUCUGAACUUUAUGAAAUUCACUUUCCAGGCAUUUCAAUUGUCCGUCUUAAAUUAGUAUCCUCUCAUCUCAAGGGCCGUUUAAAACUGCGGUAGUAAAGAUGCAAAAGGCUUGUUAGUGGGUGUUGCUCCUUGUCUCAGUCAGUUUAUGAUUCGAUUUUAGAGUUGUAUAAAGCCUUCAUUUUUUUAAAACCAAUAAACUACCAGUCAAAUUCCAAGUGCACAUGCCACAAUACCAGCAGUUUGUAUUCUCCCAGAGCAUGUUGGGUUUUCUGUGAGCCGAGCGUGACAAUUCUUAAUGCAGGGGUCAGUACUUCCAUCUUCAAACAUCAUCAAACGAAUAGCUUUAUAAUAAUAUCCAGGAUUGAUGCUUAUCUGAUUUAACAUGCCCUCUGUUUUGAGUGAAGUUCCAAUCAUAGAAAAACACCCGGAAUCCUGUACAGUUCAGUUGGGAAAAGACUGCAAGCUUUUCUGCCAUGUUACUGGCAAGAAUCUCAAGUACCGCUGGUACAGAAGAUCUCGAUGCCUGGAGGGGGAGACCUCUUCAGUACUCCAUAUAAGGAAAGCCGCCAUGAAUGACGCUGGGCAGUACUCAUGCAUCAUAUCGAAUGACAAGGAAUCUGUGAUCACCUGGGCAACCGUUGACGUCAUUUCCGUUAUUUCAUCCCCUAAAGUUAGAUAGCAAAUUAGGAAGCGAAGUUUUGUUUCGAUUUUUCGUGCGAACUUGAAGAUAUAAAUAGGAGCCUUUUUGUAUACAUUCGUCAAUUACUUACUCUUCGUUAAUCGUUUGUCUCCAAGAAUGCUAGGUCAGUUCAGAGUCAAUUUGAUAAAUAAAGUGCAUUUCUAUUGAGUUUCGUGAAACUAGAGUAAUCAGAACAGCCAAUCGGAAGACAGGAAUAUAUCACAAGGAGCCGAUAACAUCGCCAAGAAAAAAGCGCAGGAAUACGCGAGUAAGCAAGUCGUGAUUCACUUUAGCUUUAAGCCUAGUUGCGUUAAAGAAUGGCGCGAGUUUUCUGAACCGAUAACAUAGAGCUACAACUAAAUUAAAGGAAUCCUGGAAUACUUUCGACGCCCUAUUUUAACUACGAACUUGACUCCAUUUCAUAGCAUAGGGAAGCCACAGUGCAGCCAAUUACUUUAAUACUUAAGGAGGAAACAGGUAAAUAGACAAGUGAAAUAAACGAACAAACCAAGCAGAGUAA